AUGCAAGUGUGGACACUCACCGACAGACUCGCGCUAAAAAUCGAUCAUGCCUUCUCCCACCCGCGCAUUAUCGCGUUCGCCGAAAAGUACCAGCUCGACAUAGCCCUUGCCCACACAAUCAGUUUGCUGGUCCUCUUAAUCAUGUCGCUUCACGCACUGUACACCGGACACUCCCCCGACCAUGGCCACUGGCUAGGAAACGUCGUUGGCUCUAGCGUGUUGUUGUUGUUUAGUCGAGUUUACGUCCACUGUGCCAUCGAGGGCCUCGUCGCAAUGGGCAGUCCUUGCUUCCAAUCCUGGUGGAUCUUGGUUAUACUGUUUUUGUCCACCCACAACUACCUCUAUGACGAGACCUUGCCGUUCUUGUGGAGACUCCGGAAAAGUACGAUGGCGAUGAUGGGUAUAUUGGUGGGCAAUGCACUGUGCGUACUUGCGUUGCGCUGGACUUUCCCGGGUUUGUGGAGGCGACGGAUGGCUGCUCUGAGGCGACGGAGACAGACUCUAAGCGGCAUAAUUGCCGCCGCUGCGAUCCGGCGUUCGUAA